UUAAGUUUUCAGAAAAUGACGUCACUUAAAAUGGACGAAAAUGUUCUGAAGAAUCCUCUUCCGGAAGGUUCUGUUCAGUUUCUGCCCUUUAGUAUAAAGUUUAACGGAGAAACUCAGAUCAGUGAGAGGUUUAGCUCCCAGACUCAACAUAGUAAACAAAAACAAUGUUUAGUCAAUACUUUCCGUGGAUAUCCGCUUGAAGGAGAAGUGCUCCAGGCUCCAGCUGGAUACACAGGAGUAGUCCUGGAUACUGGGAGACAAGGUUUAACAGAGGAAAAGAGUAAUAUCAGAGUUGUUGGUUCCUUCCCCUCCUUUACUUACUGGAACUAUGACAAGGUACCUGGAGAAACAGAUAACUACAGACAGGCCGUGCAGUGGAUAAAGGUUGCCGAGGCUCUACAUGAAUCUGACUAGGGACCAGGAACUAGGGAUUAGAGAGAAGGAAAAUAAACUGAACCAACCUCAAGACGCGGCAUUUUUUGUACCUGAAGAUAAUAAUUUAUAUUCAUCCCUGUCCUGUUUUACAAAUAUUCAUCCUUGUCCUUUUUUACAAAUAUUCAUCCUUGUCCUUUUUAUUACAAAUAUUCAUCCUUGUCCUGUUUUACAACUAUUUUAAACUUCAGAA